AUGAGGCGCUGGCCGCUUGUUUUGUUGAGUUUGAAUUGUUUGACCUUAGUGGGCAGUCGAGUUUCGACCAAACCGUGGCAUUAUGACAAAGCGGCUCGGAUGAAAGCCCGAGAACAGCGGGAACUGCCACACACAUUCGUCAAAGCCGGUCUCAUCAGAGGCACCAGGGCUCAAGUAAAUUCGAGACCGAUUGACGUCUACUACGCUAUACCCUUCGCCCUGCCCCCGGUGGGACCAUUCCGAUUCCGUAAACCGGUCCCGGUGAAAAGAUGGAAGGGCAUCCUGGAUGCCACGAGACCAGGACCUCCGUGUACCCAGAAGGACGUGCAAGUGAACCAGUUCUAUUCGAGGGAUUCCGUGAACUCGACCGAGGACUGUCUCCAUCUGAAUGUGUUCACGGCGGCGCGUUAUUGCUUCUCGCAAAAUCUUCUGCACUGCGGAUCUAAACCGGUGAUCGUUUUCCUCCAUGGAGGUGGCUUCCAAAAUGGGGGCAAUUCCGAUUUCGUGCUGGACUCUAAGCACCUGGCUGUCAUGGGUGACGUCGUCGUCGUCAUACCGAACUACCGACUCAAUGUAUUCGGGUUCCUCAACGGUAAUGUCACGGAAGAGGUGCCCGGUAACAUGGGACUCUACGACCAGAUCCUCGCUCUCGAGUGGAUUCAGAAAAACAUCGCGUCUUUCGGUGGGGAUCCUCGUCGAGUGACCGUGUUCGGUCAGGGUGCCGGUGCGGUCUCCACUGGAUACCAUCUGAUUUCUCCAAUGAGCCGCGGCCUUUUCAAGAGAGCCAUUCUGCAAUCCGGCUCUCCAUACUGGAAAUUACCGGACAACACAUUCACCGGCAAAAUGAAAGUUCAACAGCUAGCCCUCGAACUCGGCUGCGACGAGUACAUCGUUCGCGGUCAGGUUCUGGCUUAUCCUCGCGAAGUGAUGAAAUGCCUGAGGAGGAUCCCAUCCCACACGCUCUACGAAGCGAUGGCUAAAGUUUUCGGCAGUGAGGGCAGCACCAUGAUACCGAGUUACUUCAACGAGCUGCUCCCGAACGAGCCGAUAACUUCUUGUGAAAAGGGUCAUUACGAAAACAACGUUGACGUACUGGUGGGAACGGUCACCGAUGAGGGAACUCUACCCGUGGAUCAGUUCUUCUGGAAAUUGUUCGCGCUCGACUCGUUCUUCAGUGUUCCAGUGUCGGAUAUUUGGUUCUAUGCAUCACUGUUCUUCCAAUCGGUACUCGGCCGGAGUGUGGAGCCCGUUCGGGGACUCUACGCCGACACAAACGGUGACAACUCCAGCACGUCGGCGAAGGACGCGGUGGAAGCCGUCGCUGCUGCCGUGGGGGAUUUCGGUGUCGUCUGCCCCUCGAGUUACUUCGCGGACAGUUAUUCGAAACGUGGGAACCGCGUCUGGUUGUAUCAGUUCGACCACCGGCCAAGCUAUAGUGCUUCUCCUGAAUGGACAGGGGUUGUUCACGGUGACGACGUUGGAUUCGCGCUGGGAUAUCCGUUGUGGCAAAAGUCGUCAACAGAGGAGGAAAAACUUUUGUCCCGACGAGUCAUCCGGAUUUACGCCCAUUUCGCGCACACGGGGCAACCUCCGACAGUGAACGGUGACGUGUGGCAUCCGUACACGACGAACAAACCUCAUUACCUGCAGAUCACAGCAAAAAACUACACGGUGCAUAAAAGUUCUAUGCGUCCAGGAUACUGCGAAUUCUGGAGAGCGUAUCUUCUGCCGAAAAAGCUCUGA